AUGUACUUUUGUCUCUAUACAGCUUGUUUGGUGAGGGUGACCCUAUUUCAUUUGAAAUUACUGAAGAUGAGUAUAAGAUUUGUUUCGCAGGAUGUGAGGAGGAUAUGGGAAAUUGAAGAUUAUUUGGUUGUGGCUGGAAUACCUUCAAUAGAUAAUGACGAAAGAUUUAGAAGGAAAAACUUGCAGAGACAAACGUGUUGGAGUUAUCCUGAAGUUGCGAGGAAGUCAAAUAAUUUUACUGGAAAAUUGCUUAUAAUUUAUGCACUUUCCGCACAUACAAAUAACAAUUGUGAGCUAAAAGAAAUUGUUGAAGAGGAGGCAGAGUUAAAUCAGGAUGUUAUUAUUUUACCUGUUUGUGAUGUAAAUCCAACAACAAGUAAGAAAGUUGGAGAGGCGGGUAAUUGGGGAUGGGAACCGGAGAUCACGAUGAGUAGAAAAACAUAUUUGUGGUUCAAGUUCGCAGUUGAAAUAUUUAAACCAACUAAUCCCUAUAUAAUGAAAGCAGAUGAUGACAUAUUUAUGAGGGUGCCAUUGUAUCUGAAAUAUCUGUAUGGGCUUCCAAGAGAGAAAUUGAAUGUGGCAAGAGCGGUUGGUGAACUUGACGAGUCUAUUGCUAAACUGACGUGGUAUGUUGUUGGCUACGCAAAUACAAUUUCGAGAGGUGUCGUCAAAGAAAUAGUUGGCUUUUCGCAAAUUUCCAAACUAUUAACCAGCAGAAUCAGCUUUAGAAACUUUGACAAAUAUAUUGAAUAUGCUGCCUUGAAUGAGGAUAUUAUGGUGGGGGAGGUGAUAAGGCACAAAAUGAAACUUGAAGGUUUGCUGACAGUGGGUAUGCAGGAUUGUCAUUAUGUGAUGCAUGUGAAAAGACCACUAGAUAGAUUUGUAAAAGAAAAUCCUAAACUUAUUGUUUUUCACCACAUUGCAGAGGAGGAAUAUAAGUGGCUAAUGACGAAUCCACAAACAACGAUUGAACGAAAUGCAGAGCCGCUAUUGAGGACGCAGCAAAUAGUUCCAUUCUGGCAUGAAGCUAGCUGUUAA